AUGGCACCCUCGGCCCGGCCCAGCAAGAGCCCGGUCCGGACGGACGAGGACGAGCCGUAUUUCGGAAUCCAGAAAGGAGACAGAAAGGUGAGGAAACCAUUGGUGGAGAAGAAGAGGAGAGCACGCAUCAAUGAGAGUCUGCAGGAGCUGCGGGGGCUGCUGGCGGACACAGACUUUCACGCCAAGAUGGAGAACGCAGAGGUGUUGGAGCUCACCGUGAAGAAGGUUGAGGACAUUUUGAAGAAUAGAAAUCAAGAGUCCGAGCGAAUGAACAGAGAAGCUAGCGAGCGUUUUGCCGCCGGCUACAUCCAGUGCAUGCACGAGGUCCACAUGUUUGUGUCCAACUGCCCGGGCAUCGACGCCACCGUGGCCGCCGAGCUGCUCAACCACCUCCUGGAGUGUAUGCCCCUCAACGAAGACCACCUCCAGGACGUGAUGGACCUGAUCUCUGACCCUCACAACAGCAGCAUCAGCAGCAGCAUCAGCAGCAGCAGCAGCAGUAGCAUUAGCAGCAUUAGCAGCAUUAGCACAUGGGCUAACGGUACCAGCGGAGACUCCAUUUGCUCGUCCAUGUUGGCGUCUCCGUCUCCAGCUCCGUCCACCGUCUCCAGCGAAGACCUGUGCUCAGACUUGGACGACACGGACAGCGGGCACAACCAGAGUACGGUGGAAAGCCUCGAAGGCCGGGAAGUGCAGCCCACCGUGGCCUUCCCCAGGUCCAUGUGGAGGCCCUGGUGA